AUAUUUCUGGGCACCCUGUAGACCUCAGUUGACUACUGACGUCACAAAAUGGCGGAUUUGCUCCUUAUCAGUAGGUCAGUACCUUUUAAGCUUUUUAAUUUCUUCAAUUUCGGAUUCAUGUCCCUCACCGCUCAAAUAAACAAUAAUACAAUCAGAGUGUUUUUUUCAAUUUGCUGAUGUGGUUUUUAUUUUAUGACGUAGGUUUGAAUCGAUGUUGAGCUGAUUCCGGAACCGCAGAAAUGGCCGAAAAAACUUGCAACGCGUAUGAUAUUAUGCAUCCGACUCCAGCUUCAUUGCAGCAUCUAUCAGUGAUCGGUGUUGGCCUGCAACUGUGGCGUUCUGAAAUUAACGAGUAUCGCGAAAGCCGAACAUUGGAGAGAUUUCGUGCUUCAGAAUCAGACAAUAUAGCCUCAUUGAGAACUAAACUGCCUAAAUUACCAUCCGUGAUUUAUGAUGUGAUCGAUGAAUAUGUCGCCAGACUUGGGAAUUCAAUAGCGGAUUGGCUUGAGGAGCAUUCGAGAACAGUGAGCUAUUUUGAAAGGUAUAUUCGAAGUUUUCAUUCGGAAGUUCUGGAAUACUUCGAUGAUUUCGUUGUCGAUUACAACGAAGCAACUAUCGAUUUUGUAAAGACAGCCGAACGUAUGAUGCAUUACGAUGAUUUCGACGACGUUUUCAAAUUCAUCGUAGCUUGUAGAUAUUUUUUGGAAGAUCACGUUAGACGUAUAUGGCCAUCAGUACGGGGAAAGAUGCGCUUUAGGAGUUCUAAUUUCGAUAAGAAUCCGCAGUUGUACUACUUGAUUUGUCGUCUUAGCAAUCGGUUCUAUGAAAUACCAACAACCGGCAGGUAUUACAGUACGGAUUACAGUACGGUUGAGGAUAAGAUGCUUUAUGCGUGUCUUCACAUGCCUGGUAACUCAUUGGCAAUUAAUUAUUUCUGGAAUCGUGUACCAUACGAAGACCAAAUCCGAAUGGCUAUCGAACUUUUUCGUGGACAGAAACAAGAAUUUUUCGUGAGGUGCAUCUUACUGAAACUUAACGACCAACAAUUGGAAAAAUUCGUCAGUGGGAUGGGUGAAUUCUGGAUUCAAGAACUGCCUCUUGAUAAAUGGCACGUCGUUCAAUUAGUGAUAAACUAUUUGUGGAAAUUUAUGACAUUUGAAAUGCAAAUGCGAAUUGCUAAGGCCGUUUUUCGACGAAAUAGAGAAUGUUUCGCGAGUUGCAUCUUGCCCAAGUUGAACGAUCUACAAGUGGAAAAAUUCUUCAACGAGAAGGAUAGUGAAUUGAUGGGAGAUCUGAUGAACGAUUUUUCUCGUGAUGAAGAGCUUAUCUUUCAUGCUUGGACGUGUAUAAUAAAAGCAAUGAAUGGUAGCACUUUCACUAAUCUUGUUAUGAACAAGUUGAGAACUGAGGCUGGGUACUCGUGCUUUUCGCGCUAUGGUCAUCAAGAACUCAAGAAGUGGUCUCAACGGUUUUGCGAAUUAUGGAACAGUGCGCCGCAUCAUUUAAAGAGAUUAGCGAUUGUAGAUAUUUCGUCCGAUUUGAAAUUGACCAUAUGUCGACAAGAUGAGUGGGUUCGUACGCGUGCGAGUGUAGAUAUUUCGUGCGAUGUGGAAUUUAUGUUAUGUCGGCUACGUACGCGUGCUACCUGUUGCGAGUUCCUAUUGUCCAUUCUUUCAGAUUUUACUUUGGAAGAAAGACAGUCGUUUUGGCGAAACUGCUGGAAGAAUUUUAUGCUGAACAAAAAUGCCCGCGAUUUACAACGAAUAAUGGAAGUAUGUUUCGAACACGAGAAUGACGGCAUGAUUAAGUUCAAGGAAAACGUUAUCGCUGAAAGUGAAAAUUUGCAGCUCCGUUGUAUCUCGUUAUUGUCUCGUGCAAAUUUCGACGAAUUGGACGUUUUGGUCAAUUUUAGUUGUUCUUUCAGUGCCGAAACUGCAAAACUUUUGAAACAGCGCUUAUUGCAGUCGAGUUUUAUUGGCGAGAGAUCUGAGUUUUGCUGUACACAUAUUGUUCAUUGCGAAGAAUUCGAUACGUUCAUAAAUAACGCUUAUGGCAGCGUCGAUCUUGCCAACGAUUUUAAACAUCAACUGGUGUCAUCUUCUAAUAAUCUGGGACGUAUGUUAGACCGUGUUCGACUGCCAGAAUUUUCCUACGAAGCAUUGAGGAAGUUUAUCGAAACAUUCGUUUCAAACGAACAAAUUUUACAACUGGUGAAAUCCUCUAUUAUUGAUCAUUUGAAGGAGCGUGCUAUUCGUCGUAGCAGUAUCAAAGACGAUUAUUCUGAACGUUCCUUUGACCAGUUUUUGCUUUGGUGUCUUGGAAGUAACGAGCAACUUAUGGUAAUGGAAUUCAAGCGAACUUACAAACUUACCUAUAUUACACCUUACGACGAAGACGAUUAUAAUCGUAAAUAAAAAAUAUAAACAGUUUUAGUUUUAUGGUUGAUUACAACUUUUUUUUUCAAUUAUUUAGUUUACUCGGUUUCUUUUUUCAUCAUUAUAAUAUUAUCAUUUAUUAUGUAAGUCGAAGUUUAUAAAAGUAUUUUGCGUACAAUAAAGUAUUGGAGAAAAAAUGAAAACAUGACAAUUCUUUAAA